AUGCCCCUGCAGCUCUGCCUCCAGUUGAGACCCAGGGCCCCAAGCCUCCUUUGUCUAAUCCCCUCCCAGCCCCAGCUCUAUAAUCUGCUUCUUCUAGCAGGAAGGAGAGCCUCUCUUUCCUUUGUAGCCCCCACUGGGAGCAACUCAGCUAUUGAGGACGGCAGCCUGCUGGGUCAGCCUUGGUACUCAGGGAACAGUGACCGUUAUGCUGUUGAAAGUGCCCUGCUUCGAUGCCAAAAGGACGGGGCCUACACUGUGCGCCCUAGCUCAGGACCUCAUGGCUCCCAGCCCCUCACCCUGGCAGUGCUUCUCCAUGGCCGUGUCUUCAACAUUCCCAUCCGGCGGCUGGAUGGUGGGCACCACUAUGCCCUGGGCCGGGAGGGCAGGAACCACGAGGAGCGUUUUUCCUCUGUGGCCGCCAUGGUCCAGCACUACAUGCAGCACCCCCUGCCCUUGGUGGACAGACACAGCGGCAGCCGGCAACUCACCUGUCUGCUCUUCCCCAUCAAGCCCUGAUGCCCCAGCGGAUGUCCAUGCCCACCUCCAGCCCCGUCAGUUGCUUCUUGCCCAGUCCACCUUGGGCUGUGUCUCUCUCGCCUCUCCCAGGUCUCCACCCCUCCAGGCCCUCCCCUUCCCUUGCCCCAGUCCCUGCAGCCCCAGAUGAGAGGUACUGGCAAAGGUUGCCCAGAGACAGAAAGGGUCCCCGAGACUGCGUGCCAUGCUUACCCAAGGGCCUGGCCCUGCGCUCCCUGCUACAUCUCCAAGGCUGGUCAGGCAGGGCCCCCAUACCCAGCCCUCGGGAAUGGCUGUGUCCACCCUGUUACCAGGGCCUCCCAAGCUGGUUGGGAUGAAGGCAUCCUUGCGGAAGCUGGGUCUCUUGGGAACAACACAGGCACUGCUGGGACACAAAGAGAGAAUCCCCUGACAUUCUCUUAGGGGCUUAACACUGGUCUGCUAUCUGGGAGGGACUUAGUAGCCCUGCAUGUGGUUCACUUUCAAUAAAUAUUUGUUGAAUAAAUUCUUGAAUUUGCUAAGCAAAGCAGAGGAGGCCUCCAUGAGGCUCCAAGGUUCUCAAAUGUCCCAGGGCACAAACUAGGCCUGGGAGUGAUAGAGCAACGGUGGCCAGACUAGGGCAGAAAGCGCCAGCCCCAUUUCUGCCUACUGAUUGGGGCAUUUGCCCUCAGAUGGGGGUGGGGGUUGUCGGAGAGGGUAAGGCAGGGAGUUCAGUGCUGUCUCUGCCACCCCAGUAAGAGAUGAGAAUGGAGCUAAGUACUUUUCCACCACCUGUUUUCCGCACAGU